UUUGCCAACUUCUCUGUCCUGCAAUAAAUCACACACCAUACUACUUCACCUUUUUCAUCUAUUAUCUUUAAUUUAAGUUUUCUUCACAACUACACUUAGCAAAACACAAAGUCCAAAUCAAGAGUUCAGAACUUCUGAUUCAUCUUCAAGUUUGAGCAACAGAAUCAUCCUAUAUAUCAUCAUGGAUGGAAGACAAGGGAGUGGAAUGCAACCCUUUGUUGAAGCACCACCAAAAGUGGCAGAACAGAAUCGUUAUUCACAUAAAUCAAUUGAGACACUUAUAGUGGUGAUAGCAGUGAUCACUAUCGUAGGUGUCAUUGCUGGAAUGAUUGCGAGGUUGUGUGGUGGAAGACACUUUGGAGGCAAUGGUGAGAAUGAUAUAGAAGGCUGGGUUGAAAACAAGUGUAGAAGUUGCAUUGAUGCAGGACUUCCACCACCACCGCCGCCACCACCACCGGCACCGGCACCGGCACCAAAAGUUGAAGAACCAAAAGCAGAAAUAAAGCCAGAAGCUGCAGCAGAAGGAGGAGAUGGAGGUAAAUGAAAAAGAGUUAAGAGGUCCCGCUAAAUCAAUUCAAUUGGUAGCUGUGUAAAAACAUCAGACGCAAGAAUGCGAGUUUGAAUCUGCGAUAUCCGACUUAAUCACGCAUCGAUGAAAUUUCAUUGUAACACAAAUAUUAAUUGCAAGUUAGUAAGUAUAGAACUUGAUUAAUGCAUUGUCUUUACAUAGCUUUUAAAGUAAUGUAUACAUAAGAAAUGUCUUUGGUUGAAGAAUCUAAGCUAUUGAUGUUACUUUGAUUUGGAUUCACAUUCACCU